GUAACAUUUUCUUUAUUCGUCUUUGUUCUCCUUCCGGAGAGGGAACUGGGGAGAUCUCGGCGCUGGCAAAUACGGUUGCACAUCGAUCCCGAAGAGCGGGGGAAGAAAUUCAGAGGAGGCAGCUCCUGCUGCUGAGGUGUCGGCUGCGCGCAAAGUUCAGAGGAGGCACGCGAGGCCGCCCGAGCCGCGGCUUAGCAGCAGAAAUGAGAUCUCGGAACGCGUGACCAAUAUCUUGCCCCUAUUGGAACGGCUGUGUUUCUGGGGUCGACCUACUGACGACCUUUCAGUCUUGCGGGAAGAGAGCAAAUGGCCUUCUUAAACUUAAGGUCGGGCAUCCCGGAGCCGACUAUGGCCAUCUUGGCUAGAGAAUGCUGGCUCCAGUGAGGCUAGGUCUGCCUACCUGACCUUUGCCACCAUCAUGCUGUGUCCUUGGCGUGUGAAGCUGAAGCUGCUGCUUGCCACAGUGACUCUGGUUUUCCUCAUCUCAUGGCUUUACCUCUUUAUGGAUGGAUGUUCCCUUAUGCUACCCCCUUGCUUUGGGGAACAGUCAAGUCAAUACCUUGACCGUGAAGCCUUGGCAUCCCAGGUGCGAAAAAUGGAAGAGGAAAACCAACUGUUGAAGCUGCAGCUCAGCCACUCUCAGGCACAGGAGGAAACCCCGGGUAGAAUGGACUUCAGCCAGCAGGGAUUACAGUUCAUCAAAGAGCAGGAAGGAAGGAGCAACUAUAGUGGUUGUCCUAAACAGAGGAUGGUUCAGAAGUGUGAGCUCCUCCAUGUUGCCAUUGUUUGUGCUGGAUACAAUGCAAGCCGGGAUGUAGUUACCUUGGUGAAAUCGAUCCUCUUCCACAGGAAGAAUCCUCUCCACUUCCAUCUCAUCACAGACUCAGUGGCCCGACAGAUACUACAGACGGUCUUCCAGACCUGGAUGGUGCCCUCAGUUCAAGUUAGCUUUUACAAUGCUGAUGACUUGAAGCCAGACAUUUCCUGGAUCCCCAACAAACAUUACUCGGGAAUCUAUGGAUUGAUGAAGCUGACACUCACUAAAGCUUUGCCCUCUGACCUUUCCAAGGUCAUCGUCCUUGAUACUGACAUCACAUUUGCUACUGACAUUGCUGAGCUCUGGGCUGUUUUUGGGAAGUUCUCAGAUAAACAAGUGAUUGGACUAGUGGAAAACCAAAGUGAUUGGUACCUGGGGAAUCUCUGGAAGAACCAUAAACCAUGGCCAGCAUUGGAUCGUGGCUUCAAUACAGGGGUGAUCUUGUUGCUGCUGGACCGUUUGCGCCACCUUGGUUGGGAGCAGUUGUGGCGGGUGACAGCCGAGCAAGAGCUCAUGAACAUGCUCUCCACCUCACUAGCAGAUCAGGACAUCUUUAACGCGGUGAUUAAACAAAAACCAACUCUUGUGUACCGGCUCCCUUGCUUCUGGAAUGUGCAACUCUCUGACCAUACCCGUUCAGAGCAGUGCUACACGGAGGUGUCUGAUCUUAAGGUGAUUCACUGGAACUCUCCCAAGAAGUUGCGAGUCAAAAAUAAGCAUGUGGAAUUCUUUCGGAACCUUUAUUUGACUUUCUUAGAGUAUGAUGGCAACUUGCUGCGCAGAGAGCUGUUUGGCUGUGCCAGCUUGCCCAGUGGCCAGCUCCAGCAAGCUCUGGAAGAGCUGGAUGAAGACGAUCCUUGCUAUGAUUUUCGAAGGCAAAGCCUUAUUCAGCACCGUGUCCAUCUCUUCUUCCUGCAGUAUGCUUUUUCAGAGUCGGUUGAUGAAAUAGAUGUAACUCUCAUAGCUCAGCUGUCCAUGGACAGGUUGCAGAUGCUGGAGGCGAUAUGUAAACAUUGGACAGGUCCCAUUAGCCUGGCUUUGUACAUGUCUGAUGCAGAGGCCCAGCAGUUUCUACGCUAUGCUCAGGCAUCAGAGGUGCUGAGUAACCGUCAGAAUGUUGCCUAUCACAUUGUAUACAAGGAAGGGCAGUUUUACCCAGUCAACUUUUUGCGCAACAUAGCCCUGAAAAAUGCACAGACCUCCCACGUUUUUCUGAUGGACAUUGAUUUCCUGCCUAUGUAUGGCCUCUAUGAUUAUCUCAGGUCCUCCAUCAUGCAGCUGGAGCUGCCCCCAAAGAAGGUAGCCCUCAUAGUGCCUGCGUUUGAGACUCUGCAUUACCGUCUCAACUUUCCCAAAUCAAAAGCGGAGCUUCUCACCAUGCUGGACAUGGGCUCCCUCUAUACUUUCAGGUAUCAUGUGUGGCCCCAGGGCCAUGCUCCAACAGAUUAUGCCAAAUGGCGGACAGCCACAGUGCCGUAUCGAGUGGAAUGGCAACCACAGUUUGAGCCUUACGUUGUAGUAAGGCGUGAUUGUCCCCUCUAUGACCAGCGGUUUGUAGGCUUUGGGUGGAACAAGGUGUCUCACAUCAUGGAGCUUGAUGCUCAGGAGUAUGAGCUGCUUGUCCUGCCCAACGCCUUCAUGAUCCAUAUGCCUCACGCUCCUAGUUUUGACAUCUCCAAAUUCCGCCAGAGUGCUAGCUAUCGGAACUGCCUCCAGAUCUUGAGGGAAGAAUUCCAUCAGGACCUGUCCCGCAAGUAUGGUGCAGCAGCACUAAAAUACCUCACUGCGGAGAGAAGUUUAUGAAUGGCAACCAGAAUACCAAAGGACCGUGCGACCUGCAAAUCGAUGAGGCUCAGACUUCUUGGAGAGACUCACAUCAGAAGCCCACAUCCUUCUAGCUAUGGUGACCUAAUGGUACGGCCAUGCCUAGAUUGUGAAUGGAAUUUUAGCCACGGCUGUUGUUCAGGGCUAUAUUUUGUGGCAAAUUCUAUUCUCAGAUUAACUAGGCAAAUUACAUUUCUAUGCAUCUGCCUCUUUUUACAGAUUGUUCCCAGAUUAAGAAGAAGUCAGAGAAAAAGAGGCUUAAGUGCUUUCCCUUUCUCAUGUGCACUGUUUUAAUAUAGUGCUUGUGUUCACCUACAUUCAACAAUGGAAAGGAACAUUUUUGUUCAUAAUUGUAGCAUUUCUCCUUUUCCUGUCUAUCAAAUAGCAAGGGCUGCCAUUACUGUUUUCUACAGUGUCUUCUCUUUGCCAUUGUUCUCUAGCCUUUGUUCUUAAUGUAUUUUGUAAGAGAAGAGGUCCUAAUGGUUCCAAUCAUAAAGCUGAAAGGGGCUGUCUUGUUCAGUGCAGGAGUCCAAUUAAACAGAUGAUUAUUUAGUCUUCGGUUGAAGGGAGUCCACCAGACUUCUGAGUAUUAUAAUUGGUUUGGACUGUUAAGUGACCUUCAGAAGCAAUCUACUUCUAAAACUUGUUGCUGGGUAACACAAGUUAGGGGGGUGCUGUUCUGCUCUUUAAUUUUCCUUUUUCUUUUUUAUACAUAUCAAUUGGCCACUAUGGAAACUGAAUGGGGAAACUAGAUAAACAUCUGGUGAUGUUACCUAGUUUGGAUAAUAAAACAUCUGUAAGAAAACAGUCAGGCUCAGAGAGCACCAAGAGCCCCUCAGAUAAACCUCUGGUUUGAUCUUAUUUCUAGCCUCAUCCCCUUUCUCCUUGUUUUGGCAAUUCCCUGAAAAUCAAAUUUGAAGCAAGACAAUUCAUUUAAUGUUGAUGUUGAUCUUUUUCUCUUCCUACUUUUCUCUGAAUAUUUCUUAGCAUUUGCAAGAGAAACUAUUCUGUGUUUCUUAGUUAUCUGUUUAAUUAUGGCCAUAUUGAUUGAAGAGCUUUUUGUGCUUAAUCAUAUUCUAAAACAAGAACCAUAUGUCAUGUGGGGGGAAAGGAUUAAAUGAAAAGAAAUUCACACUACAUAUUUUGCUGAGAAUAUAUGGCAUAAAGGCCCAUCUACAGUGAUGCUUAAAAAAUUGUGAACUCUUUUGAAUUUUCAAUAGUUCUGUGUAAAAAUGACCUUAAGAUGUUAUUUGUUCUCCACCCAAGUCCUAAAACAAGACAGAACCAAUUGAAUGAAUCAAAAUAUAAUACAGAUUUAUUGACUUAUUGGGGAAAGUGAUCCAAAGCCACAUAUUUAAAUGAGUACAAAUCUUUGCUUUCAGUAACUAUCAUGUCCACCAUCCAAACCUGGGUAGCAAUAACUGCAGCUAAACAUUUUCAAUAACUAUUGAUCUGUGCUAUACACUGUGCUGGUGGACGUUUAGCCCAUUCCUCCUCAAGGAAUAGGUUUAAUUUAGGGUUAUUGGCAGGUUCCUUGAAUGAGUUACCUAUUUUGGAUCUUCCACAACAUCAGAAGUUCUUAGCCCUUCCAAACCAUUUCUUCUGCUUUAAUCACGUUUUUGGUUGUACACUUCCUAUGUCUUGAGUCAUCAUCUUGCUGCAUGAUUCAUAUUCUCUUGAGCUUCAGUUCAUGGACAGAUACCCUGACAUUUUUCUGUAGAAUUGGGUGGUAUAGUUCAGAAUUUAUAGUUCAAUCAAUGAUGGCAAGUCAUCCUGGUCUAGAGGCAGUAAAGCAGGCCCAAAUCAUGAUACCAGUACUGUGUUUCAGAGAUGGGUUAAAAUCCUUACUGAAAUGCAGCAUUUGCCUUUUGCCAAACACUUUUCAUUCAAGCCAAAAACGUUUCUAUUUUGGUCUCAUCAAUCCACACAUUCUUUCAAUAGCCUUUGAAUUUAUCCAUGUGGUCUUUCACAAACUGUAGAGAAGCAGCAAUGGGUUUUGUUUUUUUGGAGAGUAGCGCCUUUCUUCUUGCAAUAUUGCCAUAACAUAAACUGCUAUCCAGUGUUCUGUCAUGCUAUUCAUCAGUGCAAGAGAGGCCUGUGGUUCCUUAGAUGUUUCCUCUUUGAGACUUCCUGGAAUAUUUCACACCUUGUUCUUUGGAUGAUGCUUGGCCAACAACUCCUGGCUGGCGAGCGUAACAAUAGUGUUGAAUUGCCUCCAUUUGUAUAUGAUCUGCACGAUAGUGGACUGGUGGAGUACAAACUUUUUGGAAAUAGUUGUGUGAUCUUUUCCAGCCUGGUGAGCAUCAACUACUGUUUUUUGAAGGUCUUUAGAAAUCUUUGAGCCCUGACACACAUCUACAACCCUGUGCUGUGAAGAUCAUAGAAUUGUUUUUUAAAUAAGGCAGAAUUUCCCAUGCUCACACCUGAUUGUCAUCACAUUGAUUUAACCACCCGACUCUGUCUCUUCAAAUGAACUGACCAUCCUAGAGUUUCAUAUACUUUUGCCACACACAAAUGUGUAGAUUUGGAUCAUUUUUCUCAAUCUAUGAAUGAACAAAUAUGUUUUUGAUUCAUUUCUUUGUGUUCUUCUUUAGUUUUAGGAUGUGCGUAGGAUGACCUAGAACACAUUUUCGAUCCUGCUUAUGCAGAAAUACUCAAAAUUCAAGAUUUCACAAACUUUUAAGCACCGCCGUAAUACUGAGUUCUUGAAUUAGGCUUCGCCAAGCAGAUGGUCUCAAAGAAUUUAAUAAGACAUUUUUGAAGUAAAGUAUUCUUUCUGUUGUCUCUUUUUAUUGUUCCACCCUCUAAAAGUGGUAGUCAUGCUGUUAUGCCCCACAGAAGCUGUUUGACUUCUGCACUCAUGAAAUCACCUUAGUGCAGCUAUAAUUUGGAUAUGCUCAGCACUGCCAAGCAAACUUUUUCUUCUCCAUGGAGGCAGGUGAAAUUCAUCCAAGGCCUUUCAUAUUUCCCAUCCCUAAAUUACAAGAGUUCCUUGCUCCAGGGAUGGAGCUACCGUUUCAAUUUGUAGGCAGCAGAAUCUUUGAAGCCUUGGAAGUCUUCUGCACACUGCCAUCUGUAUAGCUGCCUAGGCAAUGACUGUCAAAUAUCUGUUCUUUGAAUGGAAAAACCUAGAGUUCCAAGUUAAAGAUGGUAAUCAUUUGGCUUUCAGUGCUUCAGAUGUUAUUAAAAAGAAGGUGAUUUGGGACAUGUUUCAGCACAAAAGCAUCUUCUGCUCAUUAAAGCAGCAUUGUCCUCAUGAUCAUGUAGCUGCAGAAGUCUCCUGGAAAUAGAAGUAGCUAUUUUAUUGAGUCACAGGCAGUUUUUAUAUUUGUACUGCUGUGUAUUCUGAAGCACAUCUCCUGAAUCUGAUCGAAAGAUUGCACAACCCUUAUAAUAAUGUGCUUUUAAUUAAUGCUGUACUGGAUUGUGUGUUGGGAGCAGCUUCUACCCAGCACUUGUUCAUAGUUAUGAAACACUGGAUCACAAGGAGUUGAUUCUUCAGUUACUAUUUAUAUAAUUUAAACUGAUUUCUCACUAAAUGUAAAUUGUGUAUCUUGAAUUUUCUAACAGUUCCUUUUUAUCUUUGUGUUCUGGAGAAUCUCCAGUACUUUCUGCUGCUAGACUGUUUCUUCUGAUUUUUCUGGUAUUAAACUGGAAUGUAAAAGUGAUGGGACUAAAGUGUUCCAUCCUAAUUUAAAAUGGACUCAUAUAAAUAUUGGAUCUAGUCCAAGUUGAAAAUAUAGAGAACUGGUCAUAUUUCUUGCCCUUUUUUUAAAAAAAAAUAAAAGUUUUUAAAAAUUACUUUUCAAA